AUGCCCCUUGAUAAUGCUACCAGUGGUCUAGGGGGAGGGCUUCCUGAUGAUACACUGGAAUCAGAAAUAAGCGAAGGGGUCAAAAGUGUCCCAAAAAAGCGACUGGACAACGUGACUAAAGACUUGACUGACCCGUUCAUCCCCGGCCAAUUUCCUUCCGACGAAGCUUCGCCCAAAAAUGAGGAAGCCAUCGAGAUCUCGUUUUCAUCUAUAUGGUCCACCAUCACAGCAGGGUUGUUCACUCUAUUCCCUCAAGCGUUUGAUGGAUUUGAGUUCGGUAUAAGAAGACUAGUCUCUUGGCUGCUACCUGCGCCUCGUCAAGCAGCAAUGUAUGAAGCUGCAUUAAAGCGCCCUGCCACCACGACUUUCAUUGUUUGUCAAAUGAUCUGCUGCGGAGUGCCAUUGUUGGUAUUCUUAGCUGGUAUACUUGUCUUCGCUGCUAUUGCGUUACUGCUCUGGGCUAUAUCGUCACUACUAAUCCUUGGUCCGGUGUUGUCAGUCACAAGCAUGAUGGGGGUAUCUCUAUGGGGAUGGGGCUGGAUAUUCUAUGGUCUGGUCAAGUGGGUUGAUAAACGGUUUUUAGGCAGUAUGCUUACACGCUUCUGGCUUCCUCGGUCGCAAUCAGAGGUUCAAUCAGAAACGGAAUAUGGACGGGACCUGCCCGAGGAAGAGAAAAAGACAGAGUAA